AAUGCUGUGGCUACUGAGAACAAUGUGCCUUAUCCAUGUAUUUGGAAACAUAUUUUGUUUAUUUGGGCCAGACAAGAAUCCUGAAGUUAAAAUGAAUGUUAGUGAGAUUAUUGAAUACUGGGGAUAUCCAAGCGAAGAGUAUGAGGUUGUGACUGAUGAUGGUUACAUUCUUCCAAUCGACCGAAUUCGUCAUGGGAAGGAUAAUGCUGAUAGCUCAGCUCCAAAGACGGUAGUAUUUUGUCUCCAUGGCUUGUUUUCAACUGCUGGUGUGUGGGUUUUAAAUCCACCAGACAACAGCCUGGCCUUCAUCCUAGCAGAUGCUGGGUAUGAUGUGUGGUUGGGCAGCAGCAGAGGAAGUACCUGGGCAAAGAAACACGUGACCCUCAACACAGACUCUAAAGAAUACUGGGCUUUUAGUUAUGAUCAAAUGAUAAAACAUGACCUUCCAGCCACCAUUGAUUUCAUUCUGAAGAAAACAGGACAAAAGCAGAUUUACUAUAUUGGCCAUUCUCAAGGAACCCUUAUUGCUCUGGGGGCAUUUGCAACAAAUCAAGAACUGGCUGAAAAGAUUAAACUCAGCAUUUUAAUAGCUCCAGUUCGUACUGUUAAACAUGUCAAAGGUUCUGGGCGCCUUCCAGCUUAUUACACUCCAACAGCUUUCAAGCUUGCUUUUGGCGAAAAAGAAUUUUUACCUACCGUAGUUUUCAGUAAGUUGUCUAAACAUGUAUGCGAUAUUAACUUGGUCGAUGUCGGAUGCGCUGCUCUACUGGGCUCACUGAAUGGAUAUGCUGUAGAGCAGUUAAAUCUGAGCCGAGUGGAUAUGUACGUAACACACAGUCUAGCAGGAACAUCAGUUCAAAUUCUCAUACAUUAUGGUCAGGCAAUUAGAAGUGGUGUAUUUCAGGCUUAUGAUUGGGGAAGUCCAUCUCUGAAUAUGCAACACUAUAAUCAGACUACUCCUCCUGUAUACAAUGUGGAAGACGUGAAGGUUCCAAUCGCCAUGUUUACUGGUUUAAAAGAUUAUUUGUCUAACCCAGAAGAUGUUGCAAAUUUGGUACCCAAAAUCUCCAACCUCAUAUACCAUAAAACUAUUUCUGAUUUUAGCCAUCUUGAUUUUAUAGCGGGAUUAAAUGCUAGGAAAGAGGUUUCUGAGGAAAUUCUAACAAUUAUUAGGAAGUUUGAUGGUGAUGGAAAGCUUUAGCUUUUUGCAUGUUUUUAAACAUUUCUUAAAGUCUCUUCCUUUUAUAAGUGCAAAUGUUUUCUUGCUAGGCAUUUUUCUCCUUAAUUUUCUUUUUAAAAAAGCUAUUGGUUCAUUUGUUGGAUCACUUGCAUUAGUGAAAUUUAUGACUAUCAAGAUAAUACUUUGUCUUGUGACUGUUUUUAAUUAAUCUAGGUUUAUAUAUUUUUGGCAUGAUUGUUCCUGAAGAAAAGGCUUACUUUUAAUUUACAGUACUGAAACCCUAAAAUACUGAUAAAGGAAGAUCCUGGCCCAUACUGUGAUAUCAGAUAGGAUGCUGUCUGAAGAACAGAUCAUAACACGUUUUAUACUUUAGAACCAAGGCUCUAGAAGGACAAUCAAUCUUGUUGCUUAGACUCCACAAGUCUUAGUCACUAGUGUCAUUGUAAACCUCCCCUGUCACACCACCUCUGUGGACCAGGCACUGUUUGAGUAAGUCACUUAUGUCAGUGCUCUCUGCCAUGAUGGAAGAGGAAAUAUUUAAGGUGAUAUGAGAUAUUAAAAAUUAUUCACAGGAUUCAUCAUUCCUUGAAGCCCCUGAAUAAUA